UCCAGGAUCCCGAGGAGCCGAAAACUAAAGUACCUGCCCCCAGCGUGGAGGAUGAACCACUACUGAGAGAGAACCCCCGCCGCUUUGUCAUCUUUCCUAUCGAAUACCAUGACAUCUGGCAGAUGUAUAAGAAAGCUGAGGCUUCCUUUUGGACAGCCGAGGAGGUGGAUCUUUCCAAGGACAUUCAGCACUGGGAAUCCCUGAAGCCUGAGGAACGAUAUUUUAUAUCCCACGUUCUGGCUUUCUUUGCAGCAAGUGAUGGCAUAGUAAAUGAGAAUUUGGUGGAGCGAUUUAGCCAAGAAGUUCAAGUUACAGAAGCCCGCUGUUUCUAUGGCUUCCAAAUUGCCAUGGAAAACAUACAUUCUGAAAUGUAUAGUCUCCUUAUUGACACUUACAUUAAAGACCCCAAAGAAAGGGAAUUUCUCUUCAAUGCCAUUGAAACAAUGCCUUGUGUGAAGAAGAAAGCCGAUUGGGCCUUGCGUUGGAUUGGGGACAAAGAGGCUACCUAUGGAGAACGUGUUGUAGCCUUUGCUGCUGUGGAGGGAAUCUUCUUUUCUGGUUCUUUUGCUUCAAUAUUCUGGCUCAAGAAACGAGGACUGAUGCCUGGCCUCACAUUUUCCAAUGAACUUAUUAGCAGAGAUGAGGUGAGUCUAAAUCAAACUGGCUAAAGUGGCACCCCAAAUAGCUGCAACUCUUAGGCCCACCCUUGUGUUCACUGAAGGUCAGGUCCCAGGUUAUCAAAUGGCAUCACCUCCACAUUUAAGAGUUCAGCU